AUGGCAUUUGGAGCACCCAGAGGUAGAGGCGGUCCAGCAAGAGGCGGCAGAGGCGGUAUGAGAGGAGGUAUGAGAGGCGGAGCCCGCGGAGGACGCGGAGGCGCUCGUGGCGGUGCUCGUGGUGGAGCUCGUGGAGGACGUGGAGGACCUCGUGGAGGCGCUAGAGGAGGAGCUCGUGGAGGAGCUCGUGGAGGAGCCAAGGUGGUUAUCGAGCCCCACAGACACGCCGGUGUGUUUAUUGCCAGAGGCAAGGAAGAUUUGUUGGUGACCAAGAACGGAGCACCAGGAGAAUCUGUUUAUGGUGAAAAGAGAAUCACUGUUGAUGAACCCGCUAAAGUGGAGGGUGAAGCCCCCACCAAAAUCGAGUACCGUGUUUGGAACCCUUUUAGAUCCAAGUUGGCUGCUGGUAUUAUGGGAGGUAUUGACGAAUUGGGCAUUGCUCCCGGCAAAAAAGUGUUGUAUUUGGGUGCCGCAUCCGGAACUUCGGUGUCGCAUGUUUCUGAUGUAGUUGGACCAGAAGGUGCAGUUUACGCAGUGGAAUUUUCUCAUAGACCAGGUAGAGAGUUGAUUGGAAUGGCCAAAAAGAGACCCAAUGUGAUCCCAAUUAUUGACGAUGCUCGUCAUCCACAAAAAUACAGAAUGUUGAUCGGAAUGGUUGAUGCUGUUUUUGCCGAUGUGGCCCAACCUGACCAGGCUCGUAUUAUUGCUUUGAAUUCCCACUUGUUCUUGAAGGACCAAGGUACCGUUGUCAUCUCCAUCAAGGCAAACUGUAUCGACUCGACAGUAGACGCCGAGACGGUUUUUGCCAGAGAAGUGCAGAAAUUGAGAGAGGAAAGAAUCAAGCCAUUGGAGCAAUUAACAUUGGAACCAUAUGAGAGAGACCAUUGUAUUGUUGUGGGACGUUAUGUGAGGAGCGGAUUGAAGAAGUAG